UCGGGCGGGAUGUAAAUGGAGAUCUGGCGCUUGCACCGAUGCGUCCAGCAGAUGUUGUUUAUGGUAAUGUGUUUUUUCGACGCUUUUUCCGAAAUUUAUGCGUUCCACACACCUUGGACAAUCACGGAUAUGGAGCACGUCCAAGAUGACGAAACCCCACGCUCUGGUACCAAUAAGUCCAGCCGAGAACACUUGUCCAGUCGCGGGCUGGGCGCCGAGUCGAGUGGCGGUGUUGUGGUGCUGAUAACUGGAACUGAAGAAGAAGUGAUGAGGGCCGCGGCUUGGCUGCUGCUGUGGGGCGUCGCGGCGCUGGCGGAGGCGGUGGCGCUGGAUGCGACGAUCACAAAAGAACUGGAAGAAGUAGUCAAGAAGGACACUUUUAUCUUAACGCUGAAUCAUGUGAAGGCAAAGAGGAGGAUCGUGCACGUUGAGGAAACGCUGUUUUCCGUGGAUUUUCCGGGAACUAAGCAAAAGUUUGCCCUGAAGCUGGAUAGGAAGACAAAGAGAGUGAUCGUGGAGACCUUAGAAGACGGCCGCCACCGCAGCCAGCAUUUCACAGUGGACACCCUCCACGAAGACAGCACCAUCCGCUCCCUUAUCCUGGAAGUUAACCAAACCCAACCUGGCGCUCACGCCACCCUCUACCUCAACUGCGUAUCUUACGGAAUGGUGGCCACCCCCAAGUCCCUCAGAGACAUGUACGCUUCCAUGGAAAACCCCAAACUAGAAGUUUACCGCGACAAGAAGUACCCCAUGGCCGUGGAAGGCCAAAAGGACCUGAGAAUGAUUUUGAGCAAAAACGAGUGCCCUCUUCUCCCCGAAGACGACUAUGAUGACUCCUUCAACUUCCUGAGGGACGAACCCAUCAUCGGUGCCCGCAAGGACCAUCGUGCCGACAUCCCCAUUUUGGACAACAUCGAUACUAACGCCCUGUUCGACGUCAUCAACAAGCUCAUCAUCGCCGUUAACCGCCUCGACAAGGAAAUCGGGCAGCACGGGGUGAUCGUGGACCACCUGCGUCGCCUCAUCGAGGAGUGUGAGCUGUGCAAGCGCCGCUCCCCCGAUGUCGUCAUCCCCCGGUGCUCCACUCACAACCCGUGUGCCCCUGGAGUGCGCUGCCACGACACACAGACGGGGCCCCGAUGCGGCCAGUGCCCCGCGGGCUACAUCGGCAACGGCUUCGAGUGCCGGCCCGGUCGCACCUGCAGGGACAACCCGUGCUUCCGAGGGGUGGAGUGCUACGAUACCGAGCAGGGCUUCCGCUGCGCCAGUUGCCCUCAGGGGUACGAGGGCAACGGGGAGUCGUGCCGUCGCCGCAACCCCUGCGAGUUCAAUCCCUGUGCUCCAGGAGUAAGAUGUUAUCCCACCGAAGAAAAUCCUUUUUACCGGUGCGAAGGCUGUCCGGCCGGGUUCACAGGCAACGGUACUAGCUGCCACGACUUGGACGAGUGCGACUUAGCUCAACCCUGCGACGAGAAUGUGGAGUGCCAGAACCUUUCCCCUGGGUACCGCUGCGGAGCGUGUCCGCCAGGCUUCACCGGCAGCCGCGGCAGCCAAGGCGUCGGCCUGGAGGAAGCCAUGCGCAACAAGCAGAAGUGCGUCGACAUCGACGAGUGCCGCGAAGCGGCGCCCUGCAGACAGAACGCCUACUGCGUCAACACGGCGGGCUCCUACCACUGCGUGGAAUGUGCCGGCGGUUACUACGACCAGGUCUCCGGCACCUGCCGAGGCGAAGGCUACUGCCCGAACGGUAUCCAGUGCGACAAGAAUGGACGCUGCGUCCAGCACGACCAGCACACCUACGCCUGCGAGUGUAAGGUGGGGUGGGCGGGCGACGGGCGGGUGUGCGGACGGGACCGGGACUUGGACGGGUGGCCGGACGUGCAACUGCCUUGCCGUGACCGUCGUUGCAAGAAGGACAACUGCGUGGACGUGCCCAACUCGGGGCAGGAGGACAGCGACAGGAACGGGGUGGGUGACGCGUGCGACAACGAUGCUGAUAAGGACGGCGUUAACAACGACGACGACAACUGUCCGUACGUUCCCAAUCCGGAUCAGAGGGACAGCGACCAGGAUAAAACGGGAGACGCGUGCGAUAACUGUCCGUACGCUUUUAACCCGAAUCAGAGGGACGUGGAUCAUGACGGAAAGGGGGACGUGUGUGAUGAAGAUAUUGAUGACGACGGGAUAAGGAACGAGGAUGAUAAUUGUCGGACGACGCCAAACAGGGAUCAGAGGGACUCGGAUAACGACGGGAUCGGGGAUGUGUGCGAUAAUUGUCCCUCGAACUACAAUCCGAAGCAGCUGGAUUCGGAUCGAGACAAUAUAGGAGAUGCUUGCGAUGUUGGACCCGACCAAGACCACGACGGUAUUAACGACCACAUCGACAACUGCCCCACAGUCCCCAACCCGAAUCAACUGGACACGGAUCGCGAUGGUAAAGGGGACGCUUGCGACGACGACAAGGACGGUGACGGCAUCAAAGAUUUCAUGGACAAUUGCUACCUAGUGUACAAUCCUGACCAACUCGAUUCCGACGGUGACGGCCGAGGCGACGCGUGCCAGUGCGACACCGACAAUGACACACGCUGUGACAACGUCGACAUUUGCCCCAACAACUCCCUCAUCUACCAAACCGACUUCAGUAAGUACCAGACGGUAGUAUUGGAUCCGGAAGGCGGUUCUCAAGUGGAUCCUGUAUGGGAUAUCUUCAACGAUGGUGCAGAAAUCACGCAAACCCAGAACAGCGACCCGGGUCUAGCUGUGGGUAGCGAUAAGUUCGAAGGAGUGGACUUUGAGGGCACUUUCUAUGUCAGUACUAACGUCGACGACGAUUACGUCGGGUUCAUCUUCGGCUACCAGAGCAAUAAGCAGUUCUACGUGGUCAUGUGGAAGAAGAACGCCCAGACGUACUGGCAGAGUACGCCCUUCAGGGCUGUUGCGGAUGCGGGAAUACAGAUUAAGUUGGUUAAUUCGGAGACCGGGCCUGGGCAGAUGUUGAGGAACUCGUUGUGGCACACCGGAGACACCCCCAACCAGGUGAAGUUGUUAUGGAAGGAUCCACGCAACAGGGGCUGGAAGGAAAAGACGGCGUACCGAUGGUACUUAAUCCACAGACCGAGGGUCGGGUUGAUUCGGUUGCAAAUUUACGAAGGAGACGCCAAGGUUUCCGAUUCUGGGAAUAUUUUCGACAGGACACUCCACGGUGGAAGAUUGGGUGUGUUCUGCUUUUCGCAAGAGAUGAUUAUUUGGUCAGAUCUGGCCUACAGGUGUAAUGAACGUUUGCCUGAGGCUAUGUGGAACGAGUUGCCGAGACGAUUGAAGGGUGCAAUUGCCAAAGAUAUCAACAGAGCACACCGGGUUUAUGCGGGGAAUUCCUACCAAUAGUCGUACCAGUCGGUACUAUCUUGCCAUAAGAGAUGUGUUCUUUUAGGUUAAGGCUUACAGACUAAUUGUGUGUUUUUGUACGUACUUACCAUGUUCAGAGAUGUGUAACGUUAAUGGUGUUUAAUUGUAUUAUAUGAAUUGUCAAUAAAGAUAUUAACAUAACA